UGAAGACUAGAACUGAUUAUUAGUAUCUAUCUGUUUCCAAACUUUUCAGCCCUCCAGUCCCUUCCAAUUUCUCUAUUUCCUUUUUGCCGAUCACUGGAAGAGGGGAAGUAAGCUGUUGUGACUCAGCUGUUUGAGCGGGUGGGUCUAUCUAGUGUUUGACAGAGAUAAUGCCCCCUACUACAUCCUCCCUUUUUCUGGGACUUUCACUAGCUUUUUUUUCUUAAACACAUGCAAAAAGAAAAGUAAACAUAGUUUCUAGGGUGCUGUGCAAAGAAACAACUGUAAAGACAGAAGCCAUGACAGAAAAUGACAGGUGCACAAAAGUGGAGCAAUAUGUUGGGGAAAUUAAAGGAGGGCUGAAACCAGCCAUGAAAAUUACUAUCAUCGGGGCCGUAAGUUCCAGGCCCAAGAGCUUUGCAGUGACUCUGCUCUCCGACCCUGUGGAUAUAAGCAAGGAUGUCGGGCUGUUGUUUGCAGUCAAUUUUAGUGAUAAGUCUAUCACUCGGAAUGCACGGACUGCUGGGAAAUGGGGAAGAGAGGAGAAGAAUAUUCCCUACUUCCCAUUCACAGCAGGGGACACAUUUAAGAUGGAACUCUUGUGUGAGCACCAGCAGAUGCGGGUCUUGAUUGAUGGGCGGCAAUUCUGUGAUUUCACUCACCGCAUUCAGACCCUGAGCAUGAUGACAUCUUUACAUAUCUCAGGGGAUGUCAUACUUACCAAGGUGGCUUGAAAGACAGACCCCAAUCUUAUCAGUAGAUUAAGACAGACGCACUUCUGGUUGGAUACGAAAGUGAUCUCCCUUCUCGUCUGAGUAUUUCUUGAGAUCUAAAAAGUGGACUUUGAUUUGGUUUUGUUUAGUUUUGUUCACAAAUUAAGAACUUCUGCUUUUUCUCAUAGAAACUGUAGAGCUGCAGUGGCAGGGCUGGUUCAAACAAAUUUGAGGCCCCAAUGCAAAGCCAUUCACUUGACCUCUCAAACUGAAAGGCUUAUGAUUCAGUACGCAGCCUUCCCUACCCUCAUCAGCUCUAAACUGUUAUCAACUGGAGUGGUUCAGUACCCUGAGGGUAGAGGUGGGCAUUAACCAUGUAUCUAGAACUGGAGAGUGUGAUUGUGGUUGGGCUUAAGGUAUAGAGGAUGGUGAUUUUAUGCAACAUAAGUGAGGGAAUCUGAAAUACAUGAACUAGAUUCAUGUUAGAGAGAGAGCAAGCCUAAUACUCAAGGGAGCUCAAGCCAUCACCACACUUCACUGUCAGUGCUAAACCCCUAGUGCUUCACACCAUGAAGUAGUAAGUGCUCCACAAGCAUUUCUUUUUCUUCUGGGGCUGCUCCUGUGAAUCCAAAUCCUCUGUAACUGCAAAUUUAGAAGCCUUGGCUGAACUGGCCCUCUGCAGUGUUGGCUGUAGCUAAACCUAUUACCUGUUUUGUUCUGUUCUGUAUGUUCUCUGUUCUUAUAUGCAGCUGAAAAUGCCUACUUACUUGCAAAUCCCUUUAGCUAUUUUGUAUUUUGUAUUAAUAUUUGUACCACUUUAAUGUUGUGAUGACUAUUUGCAUCUGUAUGUUUUGCAAAGCUUCUAAAAAUGUAGCUAUAAUGAUUAUGUAUAUAUGCAUUAUAAUCACAAUGGAUUUUGUGCUUUGUGAACUAUGAAAGAACUAUAAUCCCUCCCAGAGACUUUCAAUUGGCAUGCCUCUGACUUCUUUUUCUUGUGAAUCUCCCUUUUGCUGACAAUGGGAUAGAUGCUGAUCUCAGUUAUCAUGGUGCAAAUCUGGAGUAACUCCACUAGCCUGAUCACAUAUGCAGGCAUACUUCAGCAUAUCAAGUUGCUGCUGACAAUGGCUUAUGCCCUGGGUUCUCCCCCUGAUGCUGCUUCCCCCAUCAUCUUUUCCCAGUUCCUCUAGGCAUGCUGAUUAACAUUAAAAACCAAAAACAUCUAGCUCUCCCUAUCCCCUGCUGUGCAUUGCUGUCUUAAAUUGGAUCUAUAUAAAGUUAAUUUGUCCAAUAAGAAGCGCUUAUAAUAUAGGAAGGAGGUGAAAUCCUCCGUAUGAAGGGAGGAUAUUUUCCUCAGUACAUAUGUUAAGUGGGUAGACAAAGAGUGCUAUUCAGGGAAGCAUGAUCUGUUGCAUAAAGUACUGGAAUGGGAUUUAAGAAUCAUAGGAUCUGUUUCUCGUAUUGCCAUCAACUUCCUGUCUGAUGUUGGAGGAGAGAUAUAAAACAGAAGGUCAUAGAUCUUUUUGGAUGCUCUGUAGAAGAUAUGUCUACUGGUGCUCAGAAACUAAGAGGGAUAUUCUAAGUGAGUAUAUGGAUUAUCUGGGUAUUUUUUAAAUCAUUCACAUAAAUCAUGCAUUCUCACUCUGUAAGCAAUGGCAUAUUAUCAGUAUGAAAAAGGGGUACUAGCAUGCUCUGAGGGAGUAGUCCAAAAGAUCCCUCUUAUUUUCAUUUGAAAAUUUUCCCAAUACAUCAAUAUGCCAGUCUCCCUUCUUUUCUUCACGUGAAGGGUCCUGUGAAUUGUGCAUAGGAGAUUAUUCCAUAACAACAAUGUUGAGAAACUAUGGGUGAGGUUUCAGUUUGAACAUGUAGCUUAAGUGAAGUACUGUUAUUUUCCCCACACAACCCAAUCUGACCUUUGGAAAGAUCAUAUAAAAGGAAAAGGCUGUCUCAAGAAAACUAAGCUUUUCCUAGAUUUAAUGAAACAAGAGUCAAGUUUAAUAGAAAAAUAAAGUUUAAUGGUUCUAAGUGGAAACAACAUUAACUAGUACAAUAUUAUUAGAGUUAUCAAUCUUAAUGGUGCUGCACAGAAACUGAUUUAGAGUAAAAACCAGGAGGAAAAGCCCUGCCUUAUCACAAAUUUGUUCUGAAGUUCUCCCCUCUUUCUUCUGAAAUACAAAAAACUGGCUACUGUUAAGGAUAUUGAUAGCAAAGGAAAUGGACUAUUGUUCCAACUGGGUAUGACAAUCAAUAUGGUCAUGUGACACUAUGGGAUUUUCUAUCAUAUCUGGAGUCUGUAUAUUGGAUUAGAGCAGGGGUGGGCAAUUAUUUGGGCUG